AUGCCGGGCAUAGCUGCGGAGAAAACGCGGCUGAAACCGAACCUAUUCUUCUACUACCUCGCCCGCCACAGAUCACUCAACGACGUGUGCAAGUGGUUCUACUAUGUUGCCAAUGAUAACGAGGGUAGAGGCACAGUCUUCUUCGAGUGCUGCGACCCCUAG